CCCCGACUUGGCUUUUGCAUACUUUCCCAUGUUUUUUCCAACCCUCUCGUGACGCGUUUGGAGCCAGAGCGGGCCGACGUACACUUGAAGGCUUGACGGGGAGGUGAACUGAAGGUUUAAACCGGGAAACUUUGCGGCUUGAGCGCUUUUCUAGCCUCAAGUGCAGAAAGGCUGAGAGAAAGUCACAAGGGGACGCCCGACAGCGGAGGACGAGCACCGGCCCGGCGCUUCAUCCUCGGGCAAGCGACAAGGGGACGCCAUGAGGUACCAGGGCAGGGAGGUGGACAUCGAGGGCCGGGUGCGGCUGGUGAUGGAGAGCACCCUGACGGCCCGGGACCGGGUCGGAGUGCAGGAUUUUCUCCUGCUGGAGAACCACAACAGCGAGGCGGCCUUCAUCGAGAACCUGCGGCGACGUUUCCGAGAAAACCUCAUCUAUACCUACAUCGGCUCGGUGCUGGUGUCGGUGAACCCUUGCAAAGAGUUGGAGAUCUACUCCAAGCCGCAGAUGGACCGCUACCGAGGAGUCGGCUUCUAUGAAAUAGCGCCGCACAUCUUUGCAGUGUCAGAGAACGCGUACCGGGCCAUGCGGAACACCUCCAAGGGUCAAUGUAUUCUCAUAUCGGGGGAGAGCGGCGCCGGCAAAACGGAAGCCUCGAAGAAGAUCCUCCUCUACUACGCCGUCAAUCAUCACGCGAGCACUCUCGGGGACCGCCUGCUCCAGUCCGCCUCCGUUCUGGAGGCGUUCGGCAACGCCAAAACGCUCAGGAAUGACAACUCGAGCCGCUUUGGGAAAUAUAUGGAUGUGCAGUUUGACUUCAAGGGGACGCCUGCUGGCGGCCACAUCACCACUUACUUGCUGGAGAAAUCUCGUGUCGUCCACCAGAACCACGGACAAAGAAACUUCCACGUCUUCUAUCAGCUUCUGGACGGCGGGAGCAACGAACUUCUCCAGAUGCUCGACCUCGAAAGAAACCCUCAGAACUACGACUAUCUGGUGAAGGGAAGCUGCUCCAAAGUCGGCUCCGUCAGUGACAAGAAUAAUUGGAAAGUUUUGAUGAAUGCGUUGUCUGCUAUCGGCUUCACCGGGGACGACCUGCAGAAUUUACUGAACAUCGUCGCCAGCGUUCUCCACCUGGGAAACGCUCAGUUUGGAGAAGGGGAGGAAGGCGCAACGCACAUUACCGCUCAGAUGGCGAUGGCAAAUGCCGCAAAGCUGCUGGGUCUCGACGCCUCAACCCUCGGCGAGGCUCUGACGCACAAGAAGCUCAGCGCCAAAGGGGAGGAGGCGAUCGUCCCGCUCAACUUCGAGCAAGCGAUGUCCGCCCGAGACGCUUUAGCCAGAGCUGUGUACGGUUGGGCCUUCGCUUGGCUGGUGGAGAAGCUCAAUCGAUCGCUUGCUCUUCAGGACGAUACGGACCACAGCAAUAAGACCUUCCCGGUGAUCGGUCUUGUGGACAUUUAUGGCUUUGAGGUGCUACAGCGCAACAGUUUUGAGCAGUUCUGCGUCAACUACUGCAGCGAGAAGCUCCAGCAGCUCUUUAUUGCGCUCACCCUCAGAUCCGAGCAAGAGGAGUACACAACAGAGGAAAUAGCGUGGGAGACGGUGCCGUACUUUGACAACAAAAUCAUCUGCGACCUGAUCGAGGAGAAGCACAAGGGCAUCGUCGCCGUCCUGGAUGAGGAGUCUCUGAGACCCGGGGAGACCGGUGACGCCCUCUUCCUGGAGAAACUGGAGGACUCGCUCGGCGCCCGUCCCCAUUUCGUCACUCACAAGCUGGCAAAUGGGAAAGUCCGAAAGCCGGUGAGCCCAGACCACUUCAGGCUGCUGCACUACGCUGGGGAGGUCAACUACGAUGUUGCUGGUUUCCUGGAGAAGAACAAUGACUCAUUGAACAGGAGCCUAAAGGAGGUCAUGCGCCAGUCAGACAACCAGAUCAUACGCUUGUGUUUCUCCAGAGAGGAAGUGACAGAGCAGAAACGCCCACAGAUGGCUGCCGGCCGCUUGAAAAAGAGCCUGUUGAAACUCUCGGACCUCCUGGCGGCUAAAGAACCGUCGUAUGUGCGCUGCGUCAAAGCCAAUGACACCAAGCAGCCAGGUCAAUUUGACCAAGUUCUCGUCAGACACCAGGUCAGGUACCUCGGCCUGAUGGAGACCCUCCGGGUCAGGAGAGCCGGCUUUGCAUACAGACGCAGCUUUGAAGCCUUCCUGCAGAGGUACAAGCCCCUGUGCCCUGCGACGUGGCCCAACUGGUACGGCAGUGUCGAAGACGGUGUGGCCGCUCUGGUGGAGCAUCUGGGAUACCACGAGGGGGAAUACAAACUGGGCAGGUCCAAGAUAUUCAUUCGUAACCCCAAAACUCUCUUUCUGACUGAAGAUGCGCUUCAAGCCAAAAAGCCAGAGAUGGCUUUGAUGGUGCAGACAUCGUGGAGAGGCUACAGGGAGAGAGCCAAGUACAAACGCAUCAGACACGCCGUCAUAGUGAUUCAAUCGGCGUGGCGAGGAACGAAAGCGCGCCGGAGGGCAAAGAGACGUCGACGGGCUGCCGACUUAAUCCGCAGCUUGAUUAAAGGCUUCAUCUACCGUCACCAGGACCACUGUGCAGAAAAUGCUUACUUCUUGGAUCACGUGCGUUACUCCUUCCUCAAGAGGCUCAGCAAAAACCUGCCCACAAGCGUUUUGGACAAAAGCUGGCCGGCGUCUCCUCGCUCCGUCGCCGAGGCCUCCGAGCACCUGCGCACGCUGCACGUGCGGAACAUGGUCGUCAAGUACUGCACCGGGAUCCGGCCCGAGUGGAAGAAUCAAAUGACGCAGAAGGUUGUCGCCAGCCAGAUCUUCAAGGAGCAGAAGGACAGCUAUCCUCAGAGCGUUGGCCGGCUGUUUUUGGACACCAGGAUCGAACGCGAGCGGAUCAAUCUCAAGGUUCUCCAGACACUCGGCAGUGACAAAGUGCAGUACGGCGUCCCCGUCACCAAGUACGACAGGAGAGGUUUCAAGCCCCGCCCCCGCCAGUUCCUCCUUUCCAACACCUUCGCCGUGCUGGUGGACAGGACCAGGAUCAAGGAGAGGCUCGACUACGCGGCGCUCGGAGGUAUCUCUGUGAGCUCUCUCGGCGACGGGAUGGUCAUUCUGCACGUGCCCACCGAGGACAGCAAGCAAAAGGGUGACCUGCUGCUGCACUGCGACCACGUGAUCGAGCUGGUGACCAAGUUGGCUCUGAUGGCCCGCAUGUUGAACCACGUCAACGUGAAGGCCGGCAGCGUCAGGUUCGCGGGGGCGCGAGGACACGAGGGCGUCGUCGAUUUCGUCAGGGGCUCCGAGCUCAAGGUGGCCAAAGGCAAAAGGGGUCACCUGCUCGUGACCGCCCCUCGGAUCGACGCCACAUGAAGAAGGACCAGAGUGCCAAAAAUGCUGACUAACGCUCACUGCUUUUAAUGGCAUCACACGGCGCAUAUUCCAAGUCCCUUCGCAGCACAGCGGCCGGCGCGCUGCUUUUAUUUACCGUUAACCAGAUCUAAGGCGCGUGGCCUCCGACAGGAAAGCUACCAUUGGACAAAAACCACCUGACAGCUGAUGACAUCGUCAGCCUCAGUUCUUGCUACGCAGAGACUCUCGAGUGCCCGCAACCGAGCGCUCAAAUGAAGACAAGCGCUAUUGAAAAUGGAUCAAUACGGCCUCUUGCCUACAUUGCAAUAAAGGCAAUCUAUUCUGCAUCAA